GCGCGAUGUUUCGGCGCGAAUUUUGUAAAAGUUUGGGCGCGCUUUUCUCAUUAACGAAACCUUCAUCAACGCUUCUUUGCAACGCGCAAGGAACAAAGACGUGUAAAAUGGCUUUGGUGACAAUUCCAGGCAUGGAAGUCCAUGGCGUAAGGAAUAUUAAAGGUCAAAUUCAGGUAAUGUAAUGUUCAAGAUGGCGACUUUAGCAAUCUUAUUUGUGCAACCUGAAAUUUACACGCUUGUCCUUUGUCUUCUUAUCUUGAUUGUAGGUUAUCUUUGGUCCAAUGUUUUCCGGAAAAACGUAAGCUUCCUUCUUGCCAUUUUAUAAUGAAAUAUGUGGCUUAUUAGUUGAUAAAUCAGUGUCUUUGUGAAGGCCCAUAGCUUUGGCUAUUGUGUUACUUCAAAGUAAAGGUAAGCUUAUGUUAGGCGUUCAUCGUUUAUUCAUCUUCUUUCAUUCAGAACUGAACUGCUGAGAAGAAUUAAGCGAUACCAAGUCGCAAACCAUUCGUGUAUGGUGAUUAAAUACGAAAAAGACAACCGCUACGAAGCUGAUGGGGUAGCCACACACGACAGGUGAGAAAAGAGAACUGCUUAUAUGUAAUAGAUGGCGAAUAUCAUGCGAGACUCAUGCGGGAUUCACAAGAGAGAGAGACGUCUAUUAGGGUGAUGCUCUAAUCAAUUGCAAUUUGCUUCCUCAGUGGAUUUCUGGGUAUCAAAUGAAAAACAUAAUCCAAUUUUCUUAAUAUUCUAUAAAACCCACGUUUUCUGUGUUCAAAUAUGAGAACAAUAACUUUAUACCUUAUUAUGCAUCAGCCAAUUCCAGCUGCGCCCAGUCCCCCCCCGGGCUGAACCCCGGGCAUUGGCAUAUUUUUUUGCCUUGGAUGGCAAAUUCCCGGGGGUGGGGACUCUUGAGCUGUCAAAUCCCCAGGGGUGGGGACGACAAAAGAGGGCAAAUGCCCCGUCCUUUGUCAACACUGCAACAUUUUUCAUUGAUUGCACAGUCGAAUAAUGAGGUUUUAAUCAUUUUAAUGUGCGAUUUUUUGUUUCAAUUAACGUCUUCCUUUGUAGUAGCUCUAGGAUUCUAAUGAAGACUUCACAACGACAUGCACCAGUUUAUGGUUUAAGUACUGAUAUAAAAUUAUUGUCAUUAAAAUUAAUAGAGCGUUGUAACGUUAUAUGUUAUGAAUAGUUUUAUAAAUAUGAAAUUAUGUUCUUCAAAUAAUAUCACUAGAAAUUUGAUUCAAUAACCAAAAAACGUUGAUUCACAUCAACGCUAGCUCCGUUGGAUAGCUCCGAUUUUCGCUAUGUAUAAAUUCUUGCUUGAUAAGCAAUGAAGAAAUGCAUGCAUAAAAUCGAGAACAUGCCUUUACAACCCUCUUCAAUUUAUUCCUGUCCUUGACAGAUGAGCCAAUCUGCUUUUUUUCCAGUAAAACCUUUUGUGUAGUUGUAUUCUGAUAGGAAAGUGCAUGUCAAAAGCGCAGGAAUUGCCCCGGGGUUGGCAAAUGCCCGGUCCCUGGGCAGUGCAAAAUUUGCAAAUGCCCCGCAGUAGCCGGGGGGGGGAGGGUGGCUGGGCGCAGCUGGAAUUGACUGAUGCAUUAUUCCAUCGUUCAUAUAGGUACAGACUCAGUAAAGCCAAAGCUGGGGGCUUAUUCGGCCUGUGGUCAGAAUGAGAGAAAUUAUUUUACAGAGAAAAGAACACUGUAGGCUAAAUUACGAAAACUGAAACAAGAUACACACCUAACAUUAAGUAAGCUUACAUGCAUGCAGUCCUGUAACAGAGACAAAACUAUUGACAAAUAAACUAACAAUAAACCUAUGAGAAUCCUGCACUUUUUAAAGUUAGUAGUAGUAAGGCUGUUAUGGACAGUCAAGGGGAUAUCAUUCUAAAUAUUCGGCGCUUGAGAGCUACCAGUAAUAGCAAAUUCAUACAUGAGGGACAUUUUAUGCAAGUUAAAACAAGAAAAAGUGAGACAAUCAUGAAAAUCACGAUUAAAGUGGAAGAGCGAGGAAUGAGAAGCAGGUAGAAGGUGAUUAAAAUGUGAGAAAACAAAACAAGAAACAUGGAAUUUAUAGAGUGAUCAAUGAAGAACGAUGUGAGAACCAAGCUGAAUGUGUCCCUUUAUGCCUCCUUUACCUGACCACAUCUACUGCACAUUAGUUGCAAAAAGUGGUUAAAAAAAAUCUGGAAAAGUGCAUCAUUAAUGCCACAAAUGUGUGUCAUUUUCAUUGCAGACAAACCCUUAGAGCCUCUGCUUGCUCCGUUUUAGGCCAUAUCAAACAAAAAGCUAUGGAUUAUUCUGUUCUAGGAAUUGAUGAAGGCCAAUUUGUAAGUUAUUAAAUUGUGUUGACCAAUAUUUUAUGUCCACCAACCAUUUUAUAAUUUCAGGUCACCAAAAGGCGAUUUUGAAAAAGUUAAGUUUGGACGACUGACAUCUAAAACUGAGAUGGGUGCCCUUAAUAGUAAGCACUCACUAUUGCAAAGAUCUUGGAGAUAAGUAAGAGACUACAAACAGUCUAUCUCCAUUACUAGGACAAACAAACACUUGAAAUUUCUAGCUUUUUUUACCUCGAUUUAUUUGACCUGAGUAAAAUAUGCUUGCUGAUGCUUGAUGAGUAAAGGAUCUUACAAUCUGUGAUUACAUAAGUCAUUAAGAGUGCGCAAUCAUCAGUGCAUCAGUUCAAUAACAAUUAUGAAGAGGGUUUUUGUAUAUCCUAUGUAGAUUAUCUUUUAAAAUGUUUGUUGGGUGAAAAACUUGCUACUAUAGUACACUGCAGGUUGCUUCUCUUGUCGGGGGCACAUUACUUCAACUCACUGGGCCAGAAGCAUGGUCAAAAGGCAAAACCUAUGCUUGUUGAUUAUUUUAAGAACAAGAAGUUCAGCCCUUUUUAUAAAAACCUCUCACCAUCACUAAUGUAACCUGCUCCUGAAAUUUCUGAAUAACUGAAAUCCUGCGUGCUGAACACAGUACUUGGAGUAGUCAAAUCACAGACUUGGCCCGAGGAGCACCUUGAUUGAUAGAUUACAUAACACAAUGUUUCUACUCUUAAUUAAGUUUCCAGACAUUGUAGAGUUCUCAGAAGAAAUGGCAAGCCUUGGAAAAAUUGUUAUAGUUGCUGCAUUGGAUGGGACCUUCCAAAGACAGGUUGUAAUAACAUUAUUAGAUUGAUGGCUACACGUAUUUAGGUGUUCUGUUUACACACUGAACCACCCUGUUGUACAAAGAUUUGGACUCCUAGCUGUUCAAAAAUUGGAGCCCUAAAAUCAAGGUCAAAUUUUAAGCUGGUUUAAAAAUGGUAAAAAAUUUGACUGGUGUGGUGUGAAUACGUCCUUCACCACCUAACUGAAAGUUUUGGAUGUAUGGUAACUCAGAUGGGAGAUGCAAUUUUGGAAUUGUUAAGUUAAGCGCUUAGCCUGCAUUGCAGACUGUCUAUAAAUCCCUGAUAUGCUGAGUUGUCUAUCUGGGUAUCAAAAGACUAGUCUGGCUGCAACACAGGCUAAGUAACUUACCCUGUAAAGGGGUAAAUCCUGACAAUAUCCAAAUUUCAUCAACAAGAAAGGUCAUGUGAACUAAUAAAAUGACCCAAAAAGGAAAAAAAUACUUUAUGUUCUAUCAAAUUUCCUCAACUACAUGUAAUUCAUGGGGUUAUAUAUGGAGAUCACCAGUGAUUUUGUUACCCUGUUUCCUGUGUCCCUGACGCAUAAAAAUCCCCAAAGACACAAAAUAAUUAAUGAAAUGCAUCCUGUAGGAUGCAAAGAUCGAUUGAUCGAUUGAUCUGAACAUGUGUAUUUGCAGAAAUAUCCGGCCCGUUUGUGUAGUUUCUGUGGAAGUAAUUAUUAUGGCUGUUGUUUAACAAUGAAUAUUUCUUUUAGCCUUUGUGGUGCUUUAAAAUAGAAGGACUAUAUUUUAAUUUCAGUAUACUGUAAUACAGAGUUAAAUUUUGGAGUCUGUCUUCAGAUUAACUGUCUGGUUAUAUAUUAACGUCCCAAGCAUUUUCAAUUUCAGACUCUUUUUUUUUUAACUGGCACUCAUUGGUUCUGGACUGGGACUCAUGAUUUUUCACAAGAUGAGUCCCAGGACUUAACAUAACUAUAUUUGCAACAAAAUGACCGAGAUCACUCUGGAGAAAUUGUUUGCAGAUAUUGGGGCUUAAAUAAGGUAAAUUGAUUGGCCUCUGUAAACUGAGAUUCAAAAGCUGAUGUUUCAAGCGCUAGUCUAUCAUUGUUGUAUUAUAGUAAUAUUUGCUCCAAUGAAGACACCUCUCCGCAUUGUGAUAUCACAAGUUAUUGCUUUUCUGAUAGAGCCUUACUGAGAUUAGGUUUUAGAUGACAAAAAUGCCCUCAAAUUCUAGGCUCAUUAAAGUAGUAGUUUGUGCAAUAUUUUUAGCUUAAUGGCUGUAUUGUUUUUAAUCUUUGUAGGCAUUUGGAGGAGUAUUGAAUCUUGUUCCCUUAGCUGAAAGUGUUGUCAAACUCAAUGCAGUUUGUAUGCAUUGCUAUCAGGAUGCUGCCUUUACAAAAAGACUGGGAUCAGAAAAAAUGGUGGGAACAAUAAACUUACUGUAAAAACCUGUGUGUAUAUAUAAGAACCCCAUGGUGGUUUAAGAACCUGCAGGCAGAAAUUUGCCCUUUUAAUAACCAAAAAUAUAAGAACCUAUUAACCUGUGGGUUACAGUUAAAUUCUGAUUUAUACAUUAAACGCAAGGAGUUUUACGUUGAGAUUUCAAUUUUGUGUUCCCAGAAAAUACUUUAUUUAUUAACUUUAAUCAUUAUAUAUUUUUUCAUUAACUCUUGUUGUAAAUGCUAGGUGUCCUGUGCACUAGGCCCAGUCUGCGCCGAGGUGUUGUCAUUCGACACUAGGUGAAACCUCGGCAUACAUGUGCUUUUAUCGCUUGUUAUUUUCGCCUUUAUUUCUCGGAUAAGGAUCGUUUAACUAGACUCACAUCGAAGGAAUAGAACAUUACGGAAGCAUUACGGAUGUUUCAGCAGUUUUCAAGGUUACGUUAAAGAGACACUUGCUUGUUUGUAAGGAUUUCUUGUACGGUAUUGUAUUCGAACGGUGUGCUGAGCGUAGUUGAUCGGAUCGAAUAAAACGUGGAAUUGACAUCGAAUUGACGGCUGUUACACUUGUCUUUGAGAUAACACUACACAUAUUCUUAAUCAUUUUUUUGAUUAAUAUGGGACAUGUGAGCGCCUGGAAACUCAAGUCAACUUAUUUCUCUGGUAGUUAACAAUCUCCUUAACCCUUUAAGUCCCAAUAGUGACCAACACAGGGCUCGAAAUUAAAAAAAUCCUCAGGUCGCCUUUUGGCGACCAACUGGAGAAAUAUAGUCGCCAGAUGCAAAUUUUUAGUCGCCAGUUUGUAAAAAUGUAAAUGACGCAGCUCAUAUAGUCAGGGCUUCUGAUGUUUCGCGCCGUCGCGGAGCCGCGAAAUUCACAAAACACGCAAAAUACCCCGAAAUUCGGUAGAAAUCUUAUCAAAUAUACAUCUGUACAACAUAUUUGAAACUUUUCUUAGCUAUUGGGGCUAUUUACUUGCCGUAAACUUGUAAAUUUAUCUUGAAACUUCGUCACUGAAACGUGCAAACAACGUUCCGAAACUCCGAAACUACCAGGCGUAGAUUAUGUUGCGAAAAACUGGGCACUAGCCAUGAUGUUAAAGGCCUUGCCAUUGUUCAGUUCUGGAACGUAUUGUUGUUGAAUGAGCAAAUGAUGACCUCUGUUAGAAAAACAUUAAAAACGCUGGUCUGUCAGCGCAAAACCGAUCGAUCGCUAACGAAGUUUUCACUGAAAAUAACCACAAAAUCGGCCUUUUUUGACCGAUUGAUUUUCGGCUAAGUUUGCCCCGAAAAUUCCUGCGAAAUCGGUCAAUUUUUCCGCGAAUUUGCCCCUGAAAAUCCCGCGAAAUUUGACUUUUUUUCUGUGACCUAUCAGAAGCCCUACAUAGUAUGAUCGGAUCCAUCAGAUUUGAAAAUAUCGUGGAUAGAAGUCGGUAUAAAUUUGGAGGUAAACGGGCACUGUUUAUGAGAUUUGGCACAUUUUUUAUGAUGAAAGCAAAGCAGGAUAAGAUGAAAUGUUUGUUUUAACUUUACUCUUUUAUUUUAAAUCUAAAUCAUAGAGGAAUCUGGUCGCCACUUUGGCGACUAAACUAGAAUUUUUAGUCGCCAAGGAGAAAAUGUUAGUCGCAUUGGCGACCGUAUCAGUCGCAAUUUCGAGCCCUGCAACAACAAUUUUCUCCUAACAAUAUCCAUACACUGUCAAGAGAUAAAGUUAUGAGAAUUGAUAAAAUGAUCAUCAUAGAGAAAAUUCCAUGACCUUUUAUCAAAUUCUCUCAACUAAUUCUUAAAGGAGAUUUAUGGAGAUCAGUUUGGAGAAUUUGUCGGUGGAUAUUGGGGCUUAAAGGGUUAAUAGAAAUUAAGAACCUAAUUAACAACCUAUUUGGACUAAAUUUGCAAUAACUACCUUAAAAUGAAAGAACCAUAAGGUGCGCAGUCCAGUGACAUUUUGCACGCAUGUAGUAUUUUUUCCAGUUAUUCUACCGACCAUAAAAUUGCACUGUUGGGAAUUUAAAACAUAAAAUUUGGGAUACCCACUGUUUGUCUCACAUUUAUUUUCUAGAGUUGUCCAAAAUUUUGGCACAGGAUAGGUCGGUAGACAUGACCCUGAGCUGUAAGGAGCCUAUUUUUGUAUUACAAAUCUUGCUAUGCUUGGACCUGCCACCGUUAGCCUCAGAAUUAAUCAAACACAUGUAAUUUGUCAAGAUUUACCCUCAAAUUGUAGAUCAAAGACUUUGAAGUUUUAACUGUGUUUUUCUUUUAAUCCACAGUUAUUCGGAGAGUACAGGAGGUGUAUUAGUUGAUUCUUUUAUGUUUAAUAGUAAAUUUAUUGUGGGCCUCUCUCUUUUUUCACAAUGAACCAAUCUUAGCGGUAGUGCACUUGCUAACAAAAUUGUUCACAAUUUUCAUUUUAUUUCAGGUUGAAGUUAUAGGUGGGGCUGAUAAAUACAUGGCAGUGUGUAGAGAUUGUUACCAUUUUUCUUCUGUCCAUGAAGUGCUUUCAGGUGCUCCAGUUAAAAAUGGCUUUUAUUAGA